AUGAAGACCUCCGUCGUCUUGUACGGCGCCCUGCUCAGUACAUCUGUUUUCCUUGCUCAGAGAGAGCCGUGGGAGGAGAAGCCGAUUGACUACGAUCAAGUUAAGCCGUUUCCUAAGCCAAAGGCCGUGACAAUAUCCGACGAGUCGAGCGUCAAAUCCAAACCUCAACUCCACAUUGCAGAGGGAAUGUGCCACCCGUACCUUGCUGUAAAUGCUGAGGGCAAGACCAGCUCUGGUCACAUGCCAACGGGAUCUGAUGCCAUCAAACGACAGGGGCCCACGCUCGGAUAUCAAGUCUACGGGCGCUCAAAUGGCACCGGGGCGUCUUUGCCAUUAUGCCAAUACGUGAAACUAGUCCCACCUGGUGCUAAGUACGUGGACGGGCCGAGCGUCAAACUGAAGGCACUGUGGGGUGGGCUAAGUACUGACAACCGUUCGUAUCGAUCUCCCACUGACUACAGUAAGAACUAG